AUGGCUGAAAUUCAAGCUAGAUCACAGCCCCCUAUUUUCUUCUGCCAAGUUGAAGAUUGCGAUCACCGCUGUCAAAGUGAUUUGGGUAUGACGACUAAACUGGUGAGUGCGAAGUUGGUACUAAUUCGAAUGGUUUGCUAACGUGUGUGUGUAGAACUGCAACUUUUAUGGGAGGGGCUGUUGUGAUUCCCGUGAUCAUGGAGAUCCACACAGACUUCCUAUGCCCGUUUCAGACCCCAGACAGGACACUGACACGACGGAACCAAAUGCUCCGAGAUGAUGAUAUAUUUAGCAAGGUGGAACAAAAACACAAACAAACAAAGACGGACGGCUUCUUUCCUUUCUAUUCACCAUUGACCCGGACACGUAACAAACGGAUACUGUAAUAUUCAGCGAACUUAACUGAAUAAUAGUGUUCUCAAAAAUAACAAGUCGCAUAAGCAAACCUUUAAGUGUCUUCGAUAAAUUAGGCUUGGGCUCGAAAUAUAGGGGGAAAUAGCGUUUCAACACACAGAGUGGAAAAAAAUGCAUCGUCACAGGGUAUGCCCAAAUUAAAUCACAGCGGCGAUCGCCAUCCUCAACCACAGCGGCGGGGAAAAAGAGGAGACUGUAAACUAGCUUGAAUUUCAGCCGUCUUCACGAGUCGCACUCGAGGAGACGUCUGAAAUAUCAGGCUGACUGUAAACAGUAUAGAAACUACUACGAAUGUGAGUAUUGUCAACUAAAAUCGAAAGAUAGGAGCCCCCUUACCUAUUCUUAAGUUCACAGAGCCUAAUCUGUAAGUAAUUCAUGUCAACCUCAAGAAAGCAAAGCACCUCAAGUAACCACAUGUCGGUUGUUUUAUCGAUAAAUUCAAGUAAAAAAGACAAAGCUUUAUCUGUUAAAACUUCCAAACCGAACUUCGUCUUUUUCUGCUAUAAAGUCAAAAAAUGAUCACGCUUAGAAAAUCGCUUAUUUGAAAUGUACUCUUGACCUGAACUCAAAUUCCAAAAAUGAAGCAUUUUCGUUAAAUAUAAGCCGAGAAAACGAAGGCCAAAGUUGGUAUCUAAGAGCGCAAAUGCAAAUUAAGCUUAAGUCUUGCUUACUUUAUUUAGUUGACUUGUUCAUAAACAAGCUUAAAACUAAAUUUAAUAAUCUUUUUCACAGAAUGAUUUUAAAUAACAAAAGAAUUCACAACUUUGAAGGUAUUUGCUUAGCUCUUGCGGGGAAAUUUCUCUUCUUGUUUUGAAAAAAUAUAUAUUUUUCAACACUCGAAGAGAAAUUUCGUAUCUCCAAGUGGCCAUGUAAUAUCUUCUAUUUAAUAAACUCGAGAAACAAUUCUUCAAUACAUAGUUGUUAAAACAAGUUAUUGAUUUUUUUCAAAUAGUGACGGCAAUAACUUGCUACGAAUGUGUUCCGGAACCGCCCGAUAACUGGUGCCAAUUCACUUCAAAUGUCACCGACUGUGACGAGAAAUCGAAAACCGAUGGGGCUGAAUAUGACGCAUGCGCCAAAACGUCGCUCGAAGUCCUCUAUGAGGGAGACAACCAUUUGAUGAAUAUAAUGAGUUGCACAACAAAGGUAUGUAAAAACUUUACGAGGCAGGAGGGGGGAUUGGAAUCUAUGAAAAACCGAAAAACCACUCAAAAAAGAAAAACCACGGCAAUAGAUUCCGAUAAAAAUUUAACCAGAAAUCGAAUACAAAACCCUCAAAACCGAGGAUUUUAGCACACCUCAAUAAUACGAACCUCAAUUUUUAAAACCCUAAUCGAUCUUAAUAGUUGGUGAAAUAUUGAACGCGCGGACUAAACAAUAUCACAUCACCUUCAUUCUAAAUAUUAAUAUCAUUGCUGUACAGUAUCAGCACUUUGUGAUGUUACUCUCAACACGUUAAAAACAGAAAAUCACAUCGGACACCAAAUUCGAAAAACCGCUUGUAUUAUUUGCCAAAAACCUAAAACCAGAUACUAAAAAACGGAGAAACUGUAAACCGUAAAGCACAGCAAAACCGAAUCAAAGAGAGACUAUCCUCAACUCGUGGGAAUGUUGUCUAGAAAAUACUGCAAACGGUUAUCAACUCUGGUUUUCCCACAGUAUAUUGAAGGAAGUGAUAGAAAUUCGGAUUGUUUAUCCAUAAAUUUAAUAUACAAUCUUUUCUCUGGAAACAUAAUAAUUUUUUCGCUAUUUAUUGCACUUUAUUAAAUAACAGUUAUGUAUUUAUACCUGGAUUUUUGAAAACCGGGUUAGCAAAAAUAUUAAUUCAUUCUACUUUUAUUUAAAACAAUAAAACUCAUUCAAAGGUCCGUUAAAAGCCUUUAUCUGACGCCGGGCAGUAAGUUAAUGGUCCCUAGAAGCAUUCCAACGACUCCGAAUUUAAAGUGACGCAAAUUUUAGUACAUUUAUUCAGUAAACUGACUUCGCGAAGUUUCAAACCGGUGCCAUUUGAGUGUAGCUAAAUGUCGUGGGUUGUGGGUAGUGGGUAGAGGUCGUGGGUCGUGGGUGUGGGUGUGGGUAAAUGUUG